AUGCCAAGAUUCAAAGAAGGAAUCUGUCAACCAUUCAUGUACAAUGGCUGUAACGGAAAUGGAAAUCGUUUUGAAAGUGCCGCUGAAUGCAAGAGGAUAUGUAUUGAUGGGAAUGGAGCCACAUCACUCCAGAGGGACGACGCUACCGCCGGACUCCAAGCAUCAAUGAGAUCUGCAUGUCGAGCUGAAUAUUCCACGGAUCAUCUCAUUCCACAACAAUGCACAACCGCUGAAUAUCUCUGCAAUUUACGUUAUGAUUCUGGAAAAUUUGCGGUUGGAGGUGAAAAAAGUGAUCGUUACUUCUACACCAGCCAGUACAGAACAUGCAUGAGAUUCUCAUUCUAUGGAACACUUGGAAAUGAGAACAACUUCCCGGACUAUAAUUCUUGUAUGAGGACAUGCGGCGUUUUAGCUCAACAGUGA